GAUAAAUUAAAAUCAAUUAAUUAAAAACUAAAAUGUUUUUUCCACGCCCCUCACCCCGAAACCGCCCUUUCCCUCUACGGCCCGCCCUUUAGCCGCCCCGAAACGCCUGAUUUCUAACCCCUGGACCUCUUUAGCCCCUUACUAGUAUUCACAAAUGUUUCCCCACUCAAACUUUUUAUCUGUUCUUUUGCCCUUUCUUCUUUCCUCUUGUUACUUUUUACACUUGAAUUUUUCUCUUUCUCCAUCUCCUUUGAUCCUAAUUUUAGCAAGCUUUCCAUCCACCCACAUGUUGUUUUGUGCCUUACCUAUCUUUAUUUUCCCCAGGAUACUUCUACACUUUUCCAACAUGCCCACCGACCCUCACAUUUCCUAUACCAAAAGCACCUUUUCAGUGUUUUCUGAGUUUAAUUUUGUGCAAGGGAGAGUUGAGGCCCAGUUUUGGCAUCACCUAGCUUUGUUCACAUCCUACUGGUCCUACAACUGUUCUUUCUCCCCCAUUCCUUUUUUUUUUUUUUUUUUUUAAAUACUGGCGCCUUUGGCCUUCCUGUUAGUCAUUUCAGUUUCAUCACAGCCUCCUUUACCCUUCCUCACUUCACCCUUUUCCUUUCUCCAACUUUAAGUUAUUUUAAAAUUAUUUUUAGACCAAGAUCACUCCAUGGACGAAAUGACAGCCGUGGUGAAGAUUGAAAAAGGAGUUGGUGGCAAUAAUGGGGGCAAUGGUAAUGGUGGUGGUGCCUUUUCUCAGGCUCGAAGCAGCAGCACAGGCAGUAGCAGCAGCGGAGGAGGAGGAGGGCAGGAAUCCCAGCCAUCCCCUUUGGCUCUCCCGGCAGCAACUUGCAGCAGAAUUGAGUCACCCAAUGAAAACAGCAACAACUCCCAGGGCCCAAGCCAGUCAGGGGGCACAGGUGAGCUUGAUCUCACAGCCACACAACUUUCCCAGGGUGCCAAUGGUUGGCAGAUCAUCUCUUCCUCCUCUGGGGCUACCCCUACCUCGAAGGAACAGAGUGGCAGCAGUACCAAUGGCAACAAUGGCAGUGAGUCUUCCAAGAAUCGCACGGUCUCUGGUGGGCAGUAUGUUGUGGCUGCCACCUCCAACCUGCAGAACCAGCAAGUCCUGACAGGACUGCCUGGAGUGAUGCCUAAUAUUCAGUAUCAAGUAAUCCCACAGUUCCAGACGGUUGAUGGGCAACAGCUGCAAUUUGCUGCCACUGGGGCCCAAGUGCAGCAGGAUGGUUCGGGCCAGAUACAGAUCAUACCAGGUGCAAACCAACAGAUCAUCACAAAUCGAGGAAGUGGAGGCAACAUCAUUGCUGCUAUGCCAAACCUACUCCAGCAGGCUGUCCCCCUCCAAGGCCUGGCUAAUAAUGUACUCUCAGGACAGACUCAAUAUGUGACCAAUGUACCAGUGGCCCUGAAUGGGAAUAUUACCUUGCUACCUGUCAACAGCGUUUCUGCAGCUACCUUGACUCCUAGCUCUCAGGCAGUCACGAUCAGCAGUUCUGGGUCCCAGGAGAGUGGCUCACAGCCUGUCACCUCAGGGACUGCCAUCAGUUCUGCCAGUUUGGUAUCAUCACAAGCCAGUUCCAGCUCCUUUUUCACCAAUGCCAAUAGCUACUCAACAACUACUACCACCAGCAACAUGGGAAUUAUGAACUUUACCAGCAGCAGAUCAGCAGGGACCAACUCUCAAGGCCAGACACCGCAGAGGGUCAGUGGGCUGCAGGGGUCUGACACUCUGAACAUCCAGCAGAGCCAGACAUCUGGAGGCUCACUGCCAGCAAGUCAGCAAAAAGAGGGAGAGCAAAACCAGCAGACGCCGCAACAACAACAAAUUCUCAUCCAGCCUCAACUAGUUCAAGGCGGACAGGCCCUCCAGGCCCUCCAAGCGGCCCCAUUGUCAGGGCAGACCUUUACAACUCAAGCUAUCUCCCAGGAAACCCUCCAGAACCUUCAGCUUCAGGCUGUUCCAAACUCUGGCCCCAUCAUCAUCCGGACACCAACAGUGGGGCCCAAUGGACAGGUCAGUUGGCAGACUCUUCAGUUGCAGAACCUCCAAGUUCAGAACCCACAGGCCCAGACAAUCACCUUGGCCCCAAUGCAGGGUGUUUCCUUGGGGCAGACCAGCAGCAGCAGUACCACCCUUACACCUAUUGCCUCAGCUGCCUCCAUCCCUGCCGGCACAGUCACUGUGAAUGCUGCUCAGCUCUCCUCCAUGCCUGGCCUCCAGACCAUUAACCUCAGUGCAUUGGGUGCUUCAGGAAUCCAGGUGCACCAGCUUCCAGGCCUGCCCUUGGCUAUAACAAAUGCCACAGGUGAUCAUGGAGCUCAGCUUGGCCUCCAUGGGGCUGAUGGUGAUGGAAUACAUGAUGACCCAACAGGCGGAGACGAAGGAGAGAACAGCCCAGAUCCCCAACCCCAAGCUGGUCGGAGGACCCGGCGGGAAGCAUGCACCUGCCCCUACUGUAAAGAUAGUGAAGGAAGGGGCUCUGGGGAUCCUGGCAAGAAGAAACAGCACAUUUGCCACAUGCAAGGCUGUGGCAAAGUAUAUGGCAAGACCUCACACCUACGGGCACACUUGCGCUGGCAUACAGGCGAGAGGCCAUUCAUGUGUACCUAGUCAUACUGUGGGAAACGUUUCACACGUUCGGAUGAGCUUCAGAGGCACAAACGCACACACACGGGCGAGAAGAAAUUUGCCUGCCCUGAGUGUCCCAAGCGCUUCAUGAGGAGUGACCACCUGUCAAAGCAUAUCAAGACCCACCAGAAUAAGAAGGGAGGCCCAGGUGUAGCCCUAAGUGUGGGCACUUUGCCCCUGGACAGUGGGGCAGGUUCAGAAGGCAGCGGCAGUGCCACCCCUUCGGCCCUUAUUACCACCAACAUGGUAGCCAUGGAGGCUAUCUGUCCAGAGGGUAUUGCCCGUCUUGCCAACAGUGGCAUCAACGUCAUGCAGGUGGCAGAUCUGCAGUCCAUUAAUAUCAGUGGCAAUGGCUUCUGAGAUGAGGCACCCGGGGCCAGAGACAUAUGGGCCAUACCCAUCAACCCUGGGAUGCAAGGUAGCAUGGGUCCAAGAGACAUGUGGGAGAGAGAGCCAUGAGGCAUUAAAAAUGCAUGGUGGUGGGAAGAAUUGGGGGAGGGAUACAAGAGAAGAGAUGGGGUCCUGGCACACACCUGUAUCAUCAGUACCUCCUUGAAGUGGGAAACAUUAGUGAAAAUUCUGGCGGUGCCACCCUUUGAUGCGCAUUUGUUUGACCCCAGUUUCUUAACACUUCUUACCCCAGCUUCCCCUUCCUGCAUUUCCCUUCUCAGCUCCCCCAUGAUGGAUCCCCCCCUUUCCUAAAGCCAUCAUGCCUUGAUAAAUAUAUAUGAUCAUUGAAAUACUUUUUAACAAAAAACAGAUUCUAUAUUAUAUAUAUAUAUAUAUAUAAAAGAUAUAUAGAGAUGCAUUUGCAGGGGUUGGCUGGGAGGAGGAAGGAGACCAUUCUGUGACCAAAAUAACUUGGUCAUUUUUUUUAUAUUGCCUUAUUUCCUUAUGGCUGAGCCUUGUUGUGACACAUCAAGAUUUUCUAUAGAUGUUGUCUUGGCUUCCCACCAGAUUAAGCAUUUAUAUGCUCUGCUUUUAGUUUAUAUAUACAUACAUAAUGUUUUUCUUUCUUAAUUUUGUCUUUUAAUUUGGGAUCAGCUUCUUGCACUCUUUCCCUGACUCAACCCUUUCUGUCUCCCUUCUCUCACCUGAUCACUUCAUGUUUUGUUUUUGGUAGCGGUCCCUGGAAGAGGCACUUCUGUUAUUCUUUUAAAGUCCUUAGUCCCAGCAACAGAAUGGAGAAACCUUGAAGCUCAGGCGAAUGCUUGGGGUAGCUGUGAAGAGAGUGUUCAAAAUA